AAAGAGGUAGGUCUGGAAUCCGUUUGACCUUGGUACAUCCUUCAAUUAACAUAAGCGUUUUACAGAUUCCUGUGUAAUGUGCUUACUAAUUUUAUAUCUGGAGUAUAAUGGAAGGAUACAGAUCUUCAGCCUAUUUAGUUUUACUUUUUUGAUUAAAACUAUCUGAAGUGGAGUUAUCAAAUCUGCUCAAUUUUGUUUACUUUUGUGAACUGAGCGAUUUAGUGGAGUUAGGUAAAUGAUUAUUUAGUAAAACAUAUGAAAAAUGCGACCAGGUAGAUGAAAAUUAGGGGAGAUUUUUUCUCAUGUCACAUGAUCUUCAUUAUGUUGAAUCUGUGUUUCCACACUAUUUUCGUCGGAAAAUUAAGGUAAGGACGAACGUAAAUGACUUUCAAAAUAUCUCUUAGAAGCGCCGGGUUCUGUUCAGUUUAUCAAAAAAACAAUAAGAAUAAGCGAAAAAUCCAUAUCGCUUCAUUGCAUAGUUUUUGAUAUACAUACUAUUUUCUUAUUAUUAAUACACUUCUCAUAAUUGUUCGUACGUGUUGUCCUGCGUCCAAGUAGCAUACUAUAGGGUUAGAGUUUAUGAUAUAGUCUUAUUAGAAAUAGAGCGCAGGAUUACGAUAUGUGAGCUAACUAUAAUACCGAUCGUAGCUCUUGAUCCUGAUUCCAACCUCUUAUUGCUUAGAUGUUAACUCUCAAUUUUCAUCCUUAGGCCUUAAUUUUAACCGUGAACUAAUCAUAAUUGCACUGCUAAAGCGUUAGUAUAUAGUGCUACUGGAAUGAAAAUCAUCUGCUAAAGGGGUUUGUUAGACAUGUUUUUAAUAUCUGCCUUAAAGUAGUUAUUUUAGUCAGUAAUUGUAUCUUAUUUUGCGGUUAAUAGGUUAUCUGUGUGGGUGUACUUCCAUUUUUAACCAUUAGAUCAAUAGCACAUGCGUUAAUUUUGUAUGUCUUCGUCCCUCAAUACUUCAUUUUUCGAUUAUGAUAAAGCGUGAUAUUAUCCCUAUGGUUUCAUGAAGGCUACAUCCAAGUAUUUUCUCCCUAAACGUUUUGUGGUGUGACUAUAAUUUAUGGACGACCUUUGAGCGACGCUAGACUGAUCUUUAGAGUGUCCACUUAAUAACCAUGACGAAAUGAUGGUUAUAAACGUGUAUGAAGAAUUAUAAAUAUAAUUUACAUUUGAUGAUUAAAAUUAGGAAUUAGAUUUCGUGAUUUCAUCAUGAACUGACAUCAACUAUGAUGCCAAAACUCUAUUUAUCCAAAUGGAUGAGUGAAUUUUGCGCGAAAAGCCGAGACCUGUUAUCUUAUAAGUGAUUGGUUCGUCCGUAAAUUGUAGUGUCGCCUGUUUUAUAAACUGAGCAAGGUUUACCACAUGUUGUUAUUUUGUUUCGUAAGAGGAACUAAAUCCAUGUACCGGGCCCUAAUACAUAUGUAAGUACUAGCACCUUUACGUGGUUAGCCAGACCGGAUUAGGUGCAGCUAGAUUGAUUAAAAUUCUGGUUAUUUGGUUACUGUGGUACAACCUUUGUAACUACAGUACUUAAAAUUCCCAUGAUGUUUAUAUUUCAAACGAGCUACAUACUAAUUACCUUAUAACCCUUAACUUAAGUUGAAAAGGUUUUAACUCUAAGACCUUUGUUUUUUUCAGGUUGUUGCACAGCUGUUGCUUGAGGUUGUGCAAUACAUUUUCAAACUUUCUUUAUGUGUAAAUUAUAAAGUUAAUGUCGUCAUCUCGAGCUGCCUCUGCUAUUAAAGAAGUAAUCAACUUCAAAAAUGCUAAGAGGACGUCUUUCUUCCUCAUGAUAAUGAUAUCAAUAUAUCAUGGCUUUCUGAUGACAAAAUCUGGUGGUAAUUUGUGCAAAUCUCUACUGAGUGAUGGAAGAUCAGGGCCUGGUGGAGAAUUUCGGCCCUACAGUUGUAUGAUACAUACUUACUCAUCAAGAGACAGUCAUAAAUGUUUUAAAAGACUUGCGCCUUGGGGUGAUGUGGUCCGACUCUAUUUUGUUGGAGAUUCACGACUUAAAAAGCUAUUUAAUGCUUUUGUUUAUCACAUAAAUGAUGAAAUUGUUGAAGAAAAUACUACAUCAGAAGCAAGCAUUUCAAAUAACUUUCAGUAUGUUGCGGGAGAAGUCGACUUACGAUUUUUCUAUCAUGAUGAAAUUACAGAUGAUACACUAGAACUAGUCAAGUCAUGGAUCGGCUCUACAAAUUUAUCCAAUAUUACUGAGUCUAAUAUACGAAACAAAAAUAAUGACAUUUCUACACCUACUCACUUGAUAAUCUCUAUGGGCACAAAAACAAUACAACAUUAUAAUAGAUCCGAAGAUGGUCUUUUAGAAUAUAUGAACGGUGUUAAACGUCUUACUAGUGUUUUAGAAGAAUUGAAAUUCGCACGGUGCGUAUGGAUGCUACAAGACCCUGUUGCAGAAAGUCUUUUAUCUAAAGAGUUGAAAAUAAUUACAAAUGAUUUGAUCGAUAAAUAUAAUGAAUUUGCAUCAACAGCUAUGAAAUCUGUUAGUGGCGUAGAAAUAUGGAGUUCAAAUCGUUUAAUUGCCCUUAAAGUUGGUUUCCCAGCUAUAAAUUGGAAUUGUCGUCAAUUACAAAUGUUAUCUACAAGUAAUUCAGAUAAAAUGGCAUCGGCAACAUCUAUAUUAGAUUAUAAAGAAGGUAGGGCAAAGAAUAAUGUCUGCUUAGAAAUGCCCACACUUUCAGAUGGAUAUCAUGUCUCAGAUAAAGCUAUGAAAGAGAAUGUACAAAUUCUAUUAAAUUUGUAUUGUAAUAAUCAAAUGAAAUUCUCUGACGGUACUUGUUGUCGUGGUUCUGAGCCAAUUACACCUAUACAAGAAAAAUGUUUUAUAUUUUACGCUAUUUGUGUGUUAAGUACUUUACUUUGUUUUCUGCACAAUCAAUUUAUUUCUCGUGGUAAGCCAUGUACACAAGUGAUAAAUUUUCGUAGAAUAUUUUUAUUUUUCCGUAAAACGGCUGAAGCGCAACCAUAUGUCCCAGUGGAAAGUGAACCUGAUGGUGAUAAUGGUGAUAAUGAGAAUAAUAAUAAUACUGAUACAACCAAUUCAUUAUUUGUGGAAUUUUAUGAACUAACUAGUGCUCUGUCCAAAUUUGGUGCUAUUAUGAUGUAUUUCUUUAUAUGUGACAGAACAAUACUAUUCAUGAAGGCCAAUAAACGUUAUACAAAUUUGAGCUUUUUUCUGCCGAUUAUCUAUUGCUUCGUGUUAGGUUUAUUCUUUAGUGGACCAACUAAACGAUCUCAAGUAAAUCAUUUGGAUAUAACACGUGAAUGGAAAGGAUGGAUGCAAUUAUAUCUUCUAAUUUAUCAUUUUACUGAUUCUUAUAGAGUAACUCCGAUUUUCAUGUCAGCUCGUCUUGUUGUAUCGAGUUAUCUGUUUCUGUCAGGAUAUGGACAUUUUUGUUAUUUUUGGCGUAAACCUGUACCACAAAUUAAUUGGUUAAAAUUAUUGAAUUAUCGUCGUUGCUCCAGAGAAUUCUGCAGUGCAUGGAAAGCAUUAUGGCAAAUUUUACAUCGAUAUUUAAUUGUUAUUUAUCGUUUUAAUUUCUUCGUCUUUGGAUUAUGUCUAGUUAUGAAUCGCGGUUAUUUAGCUUAUUAUUUUAUUCCAUUAGUAUCAUUUUGGUUCACUGUUACAAUGAUUGUUUGUGUUAUAUUCCCUCGUGUAUCUGGUCAAAAAGUAUCUGAAAAUCAAAAUAAUCGGGAUAAUAUCGAUUGUAAUGAUAACAACAGUAAUCAUAAUAUCACUAGUAAUCAUAAUAAUAAUAAUGCUCUUUCUACUCAUGCUAACAAUGUUAACAACAUGACUACUACUCCUAUUCCUUCUACAACUGCAUCUACAAGUAUCCCGUCUAACGCAACUGCCACUUCUACCGCUACAACUAAUAACUCCUACAACUACAAUCGUAACCGUUAUUUCAAUCACCAAUACUUUACUACUAACUACGAGGAAUAUCCACCUAAUCAUCAAUAUAUAGAAUCAGAUGAUGAAAUUUAUUCCCAUCAAUCUCCAAGACGAUCUAGCCUGAACAUGAAUAAAUCAUUCCUGUUACCCACCUCAUCGCCAUCAUCCCUGCUGUCAUCAACAGAUACAGUAAUUGGUGAAAUAUCUGAUUAUAUUCCAUGUCAUUCUUCAUCUUCACGUAAAUUAACGGCACCAAUUAAUUAUAAUUUACAUAAGGGUCAUUAUAAAGCGUUAUCACUCGGUACAGGAUUUGAUCUUUGUCAAAAUUAUUCUCUUACUACUACUGAUACUGAUAGUUCUGUUCCUUGUAAUCCUCAAUUUUGUCAUUAUCAAGCCAAUCAAAAACUUGUUGGACAUCGAUUACAUCGCUCCGUUGUUAAGUCACGUGGACGUCUUGGUCCACCGUUAACGGAAGAUUUAAUUCGUAAAUUUCAAUGCAUUGUUUUACCAUUAAAAAAGAAGAUAUCACCAGCAACAUCGUCGACACUGAGCUCAACAACAACAAUAACCACGAAUAAAAAGCGAAUGGUAAUCAUGAACCAGAAAUUAAAACAGCCAUUGGAUUCUACUACUAAUACUACUAUUAUUACCACUUCUACUACUAAUAAAUGUCGUCGAUAUUUCAAAUCAAUAUGUUUCAUUCAUUGUAGUCGUAUACGAUUGACUUACGUAUUAAUGAUAAUAAAAUUUAUUGGUUUAAUAUGUUUUAUCGAAUCAUUGUAUCGUUCAAGAGGAUUCUUUCAUUGGUUAUUCUUCUCAGGACCACAAAAGUAUAUAUUUCAAUAUCAUCGUGAGUAUACACCAGCACAGAAAGAUGUUACCAAUAAUGAUGAAAAAAUAUGGUUUUUUCGUUGGUCAAUCGAUCGUUAUUCGGCUGUUUACGGUAUGAUAUUUGCCUUCCUGUGCGAAUCCCUACGACAAAUUGGAGUGUUAGAAGAUACCGUUGAUGAUAACAGCGGUGAUAAUUAUGCUGUCACUGGUUAUCUACAAGGCAUUAAGCAGUCGGAUGAAAUUCGUUAUUCUCGAUUACCACUGAGUAGUAAGAAUUACAAUCUUACUACCACUGUCGCUACCAAUAAUAAUGAUGAUAAUCAUAGUAGUGAUGUCAAUAAUCAUAAAAUUAACAAUGAUGACAUGGAUACUGAUUAUCAUAAACGACUUCAAAAAGCUAAUCAUAAAACAUUCCAUUGUCAGAAUGAUUACAAUGAUGAGUCUUAUGAAUAUUUAAAUCAUUCAACAUCUUAUGAAAUCAAACAUUAUGAUAACAUUUUCAAUUCAACUGUUCAAUAUUCAAAUCAUUUGCAAAAACCAAUGAAUAGUACUAACAAUUUAUCAUCGUCGUCAUCAUCAUCCACAUUAUUGAGUCAUUUGAAUGAACAUAAUAACGAAAUUUCUUAUUUCUCUAUGCUUAUAUACAAAUGUUUCUCACCGUUAGGUUUAACCGUAUUAGGCAUAAUUGGUCUAAUGUUUUCUUGCAUAUAUGUAUUUGCCUGUUCGAAUCGAGAAACAUGUUUACAUAUCCACGCAUAUAUGUGUCUCAUUCCUAUAAUAUCGUAUAUUCUGGUGAGAAAUAGUUUCAGUUCAUUACGUAGAAUAUAUAGUAUAUUCUUUGCUUGGAUUGGUGAUAUGUCAUUGGAAUUAUUUAUUGCUCAAUAUCAUAUUUGGUUAUCAGCCGAUGCUUAUGGUAUACUUGUUCUAUUACCAGGUUUUCCAUUGAUCAACUUAACUUUGACAUCAUUUAUUUUUAUAUGUAUAUGUCAUGAAGUGCAUAUAUUGACACGUCGAUUACAAAAUUACAUUAUUCCUAAUUGCCCUUUAAAACUUGUUCGUAAUAUGUUAAUUUUUACAUUAGUAUUUCAUUUAAUUACUAAUUCAACAUUACAAAUGAUUCAAUGGGAUUUUUCUUAAUUAUUAUCAUUAUGUUGUAUUUCUAAAAUAAUUCCAUUUUUACAUACUUUAUUUAAAUGUUUUUUGAAUUGGUUCCAUUGUAUAUUGUUGUUUGUUUUUUCUAGUUUUUCAUGGUGCAUUCAUUCUUUAUAGAUAUAUUAUUUUAUUUGACAUUAACAUUUUUCCUCAUAUGUUUUACUUCAUCUAAUACAAUCAUACAAGUGUACAAAUGCAUAUGUAUAAAUGAAAAGACUAGUGAGACUAUAAUUUAUGGACAACCUUUGAGCGAUGCUAGACUACUGACCUUAAGAGUAUCCACUUAAUAACCAGGAUCAAAUGAAGAUUAUAAACCUGUGUAAAGAAUUAUAAUUAUAAUUUACAGUUGAUGAUUAAGCUUAGGAAUUAAAUUUCGAGUUUUCAUCAUGAAUUGACAUCAGCUAUAAUGCCGAAACUCUAUUUAUCCGAAUGGAUGAGUGAAUUUCACGCCAACAUCUGAGACCUGUUAUCUUAUUCGUGAUUGGUUCGUCCAAAAAUUAUAGUCUCCCUAAGACUGUUUUAGUGUUAGUCGAUUUUUUUCUUUUUCUGCUGAUUAGACACUAUAUAUGAUCUCAGUUUAUAUUAAUACUAUUGUUUAUUAUUAUUGGUAAAGAUCUUGAAGAAAUCACGCCACUUGUUCUUAUGAUCGAAAUUCUGUGAUAUGUUAUUUAGCAAUCACCAAUGGUAAUUUUAGUACUACAUAUCGAUUUUAAAAAUGAUUUUCUCAUUUCUUUGUCAGUUGCUGUCUUUCUACUUUUCAAAUUACAUAUUACCUUAUGUAACAAUAGAGACCAGGUCAUAAUUGAAUGAAAAUGAAUAUAAAAUCUAUGAUAGAAAAACGUCACGAAAGCUAAGAUGAUUUUCUUAUUUGUCAUAUAGUUUUUAAAUAUGUACAUUCAUAUUAAUACCAUAUAGAAAAUAGUAAUGACUUCUAAAAAAUUACUGAGUAAUAAAAAGUGGUUGCUCGGU